GGCGUGACUAAGGGCGUCGGGGCAAAGAAAGGAAAGAAAGAAGAGAGUGGGGCAGUAAAAUAUUCUUUUUUUUUUUAGAAAUUCUGUUAAGCGCUGUCGGAAUAAGCCAAGAAAGGAGCAGGAUACAUUGUGCUGCUUCGAGGUACAUCACUUCAUCGUAUUGUCGAUGCCGAACGGCCACUGGGCUGCUCGCGUCUUGAGGAGGACAGAGAAGACGCCGUAUUCCAAUACGGUGACUCGUGCCAUGUUGUAGGAACAUUAUCACCAUCAUCAUCGCGCACCGAUGUGCGCGAGGCGCUGGCACUCUCACUGACGUAGGUGCGCGUCUCGCGGUCUUCCAGGGCAGAGACUGCGCCUGAUUGUGCCGAUCUCAGCCGGCAGCUGCGGAGUGGAGUUCGAGCGGCAUCGCUCCCACCAAGAGCCGCCGCCUCGCAAGCCUCGAACCGUCAGAAGCUACCACCAAUAUGGCGUGCGCUACGCUCAAGAGAUCCACCAGCUGCGACCCGCUGAGCCCCGACGGAAGUUCGGCGAAGCGACGAAGGUUGAGCCUGGCGACGUCGUCAGACACUGUGCCGCGUCGUACCCUCCAAGCCAGGCCGCAGCAGGCACACUCUUCAUCCUUCGUCGACGCGACGCCAAAGAUUACGUCCGAGGAAAUCGAGGCCUACGUCCACGAUGAGAUGAUGCGUCUCCAGCAUCGCAGGCAGCUGUUCUACCAGCAAGGAUACCAAUACUGUGCCGCCUCCCCCGCCGGGCCCGAUGCGAUGCCGCCUCAGGGUGCAAAGACCGAGCAGCCUGCCUUCACGUUCCGCCAGGUGGGCAUGAUCGUUGAGCGCAUGGUAAGCGAGCGAGAGAAGCAGCUCCGCGAGGUCUAUGACCGCGUGCUGUCCGCCAAGCUGGCCGAACAGUACGACGCUUUCGUCAAGUUCACACACGACCAGAUUCAGAGGCGCUACGGCAGUGUCAGGCCGAGCUACUUGUCGUAGCGAGCCGAACCGUACUAUGGUGCAAGAUGGAUGAAAUGGCAGUGACGCAAUGUGGGGCGGGGAGAAACAUCGGGUCUGGUCCUCGACAACUGAAGCAACGGCGGUCAAAACUGAGCAAAAGGUUCAUCAUCACUUUGGGGUCUAAAAAAAGAAGAAAAAAAAUGCAGCGCUUCCUCAUCUUUCUGCAGAACAUUGGAUAGGGCAACUACACGAUAGUGUUGUCAUGCAUUAACUCUGUAUUGCAUUUUGCUCGACUCUCAUGUCACCUUGACGUCAUCUUUGCCUACGUGACUUGCGCUGUACCUACUCUUUGCACGCUGUUUGUCAUUAAAGGAAGUGCCCAAAGCCA